AUGGCAGAUUACGAAAAGUCACACACCAGGUCUGCCAACCACGCUGAGUAUGGGGCAUACACACCGAACGUCGCUCUCAUCGAGGCUGCCGCAGCCGCAAGUGAAGAAGAGGGCAAACUUUCCCGCAAAGAACUUUUCUCGCGCUACUGGCCAGCCGCGACGUACAGCAUGCUGCUAAGCUUGGCUCUUGUCAUGGAGGGUAUGGAUGUUGGCCUCAUCAAUAACUUCUUCGCCCAAAACGCCUAUGUUAACAAAUUCGGCUGGCCCGAUGGUAAUGGGGACCAACACAUUUCGGCUUCGUGGCAGGCGGCUAUCGGCAACGGUAACAACCUGGGCAGCAUCGUCGGUCUCUUGCUAAAUGGUUGGCUGCAAUCCCGUUUCGGUUCUCGCAAGGUGUACAUGGCGGCUAUGGUUUCUAUGGGCGCAACCAUCUUCACCUUGUUCUUCUCCGUCAACGUCCAGAUGCUUUUGGCAGCCAAUUUUCUGUGCGGAAUCCCAUGGGGCAUCUUUCAAACACUUACUACCGCUUACGCCGCCGAAAUCUGCCCCGCUGCUAUGCGCGGAUACCUGACUGCUUGGGUAUCCAUGUGCUGGGGCACUGGCACAUUUCUGGCCACUAUUGUUCUCCGUGGUUCUCUCGAACUGGAAGGCGAUCUCGGAUGGAAGAUCCCCUAUGCGUUGCAGUGGGUUUGGAUCAUUCCCCUAUUCAUAGUUGGCUAUCUCGCCCCGGAGAGCCCAUGGUACCUCAUCCGCAAGGGUCGCGUCGACGAUGCUGAGAAAUCGCUGCGCCGCCUCGCACGAAAAGACCACUAUACCGAGCAGUCCAUGGCUGGGACUUUGGCUCUGAUGAAGCACACCAAUGAGAUGGAGAAGAUUGAAGCCGCGGGAGCGACGUACAAGGACUGUUUUCACGGAACCAAUUUGCGCCGAACUGGUAUUAUUUGUAUGGCUUGGGUCAUCCAGAUUCUCAACGGUCAAUCCAUCUGCUCUUACGCCGCUAUCUUUUUGAAAUCGGCUGGCAUGCCCGAGACUCAGUCUUUCAACUUCAACAUGGGUAUUCAAUCGGUGAAUAUUCUGGGUACAGGUAUAGCAAUUGUUCUUAUGGGCAGGGUCGGACGUCGUACCUUCUUCUUCUUCGGGUCCUCCAUUAUUGGUGGCCUCAUGCUGAUUGUCGGCAUCCUCGGGUCUGUCGGCGUUGCGCCCUCCAACGUUGCAAUCGGCGUGGCUGUGGCCUUAAUCAUCACCAAUCUGACCUUCAAAAUGUCAUUAGGUCCAACCACAUUCACCAUUGUAGGAGAAACCUCGUCUAGUCGCAUUCGAUCCCAGACAAUUGUCCUCGGCCGUGCUGUUUACGUCGUGGGCCAAAUCAUCGUCCAGCAGCUCAACCCACGCAUGUUGAACAGUAAAGGCGAUGCUUGGAAUUGGGGCGCCAAAGCUGGUUACUUUUACUUCGGGCUAUGCUGCAUUUGGGCUGUCUGGAUCUUUUUCUUCCUACCAGAAACCAUGAAUCGCAGCUUUGCUGAACUGGACUACCUGUUUCAAAAGAAAGUUCCUGCGCGCCAGUUCGCUACCCACCCCAUUGACCUUUUCGAACUCACGGGCGGGGCCGGCACGAAGAAGCUCGAUGAUGAUCAUCUCGAGAAUAAUAUCAGUGAGAUCCGACAGGAAAGACAAGCAUAA